UCUGACGCCAUCUCCUGUUUGUGCUUUAGUUUCGUUUCUGUAGGAAGAGCAGAGAUCUCAGCGUCUCAGCGUCACUCUCUCGGUGGUACAACAGCAAAGUAGUAAGGGCUCUUCGGACUGCUAAAUGAACCCCAGAACAAUUAUCGCCGUUGGAGCGGGAGCAGUGGGUGCUGUGGCCCUUGCUCCUGCCGCUCUGGGAGCAGCAGGUUUCACCUCAGCUGGAAUAGCUGCCGGCUCAAUCGCUGCUAAAAUGAUGUCAGCUGCUGCGAUCGCUAACGGAGGAGGUGUGGCAGCAGGAAGUAUGGUGGCUGUUCUGCAGUCAGCAGGUGCUGCCGGCCUGUCAACAACUGCCACUGCUGUAGUGGGCAGUGUUGGAGGAGCAGUGGGCUGGCUGGGAAGCUACUUAUUCGGAAAAUCAAAAAAGGAAGAUAAAGAUGAAGAGGAUGAAAAUGAAUCACUUUGAUUUUUAUGUACUUUCUAAAGGAAAACAUUGCAUCCAUUUACUUGUCAAACAGCUCCGCUGUAAAUCUGUAAAACCUAUGAAAGAUGGUGGAUUAUUUAUUCAGCUCGUAUUUGAUUUUUUGUGGAUGUCUUUGUAUUAAUUAAAAUCCAAUAGUCCUGAAAAUGUU